UACACGUAUAUACCAGCUUUCUUCCCUCCUCUCUCCCUCUCUCUCUCUCCCUCUUCCCUCGCUCUUAAUCUCUUCUCCAUGGGAAGUGCAUUUUGGUGAGGAGAGAGAGAGAGAGAGCAAGCAGAAGCUCAGUCCAGCCUUAGCCUUCCCCAGAAACUCUCUCCCCCCUUUCUCUCUCCUCCUCCUACUUCUACUAGCCCAGGGAAGCAACUCACCUCCCCAACGUUCCUCUCCCCCGUCGCGCAAAAUUACAAUCUUUUUCAAUACCGCAACACAAUGCUGUCCCUCAGCCGCACCACGUUUCUGGAUGGCGAGGAUCGUCGCCGUUUCUAUCGUGCGCAGAGAAGUCCGGCGGCGAAAGUGAAGGCUGGAGUGGUGCGGUGUGUCGCGGCGGGUGAAAGGAAGACGAGGAAAGUUGAGAUCUUGAUAGAGAAGAAUGGAGGGGCAGAUAGAGUAGAUCCGAAAUCAGCCGUCGGCGGGGGAGUAAAGGAUGUUUACGGCGAGGAUCGCGCCACCGAGGAUCAUCACAUCACGCCGUGGAGCCUUUCCGUCGCCAGUGGCUACUCAUUAUUAAGAGAUCCACACCACAACAAAGGGCUUGCCUUUACUGAAAAGGAAAGAGAUGCACACUACUUAAGAGGUCUCUUACCUCCAACAUGCUUAUCUCAAGAGCUUCAGGUGAAGAAGCUUAUGCACAAUCUUCGCCAGUAUCAAGUUCCACUUCAACGUUAUAUGACGCUGAUGGACCUUCAGGAGUCAAACGAGAAGCUGUUCUACAAGCUUCUGAUGGAUAAUGUUGAGGAAUUACUUCCUGUUAUUUAUACACCAACGGUAGGUGAAGCUUGCCAGAAAUAUGGUAGCAUUUUUAGGCGACCACAGGGGCUCUACAUUAGUCUGAAAGAAAAGGGGAAGAUUCUUGAGGUGUUGAAGAACUGGCCUGAGAAAGCAAUUCAAGCUAUUGUUGUUACCGACGGCGAACGCAUUUUGGGACUUGGAGAUUUGGGUUCCCAGGGUAUGGGGAUUCCCGUGGGCAAGCUUUCUCUAUAUACCGCCUUAGGAGGUCUUCGCCCAUCGGCAUGCUUGCCUGUCACAAUUGAUGUGGGAACAAACAAUGAGAAGUUACUGAAAGAUGAAUUUUAUAUAGGGUUGAGGCAGAAGCGCGCCACUGGUCAGGAAUACGCAGACCUUAUGGAAGAAUUUAUGAGCGCUGUUAAGCAAAACUAUGGAGAGAAAGUGCUUAUACAGUUUGAAGAUUUUGCAAACCAUAAUGCAUUUAGCCUACUUGAAAAGUACAGCAAAACUCAUCUUGUCUUCAAUGAUGAUAUUCAGGGAACGGCUUCGGUUGUUCUAGCUGGGUUAGUUGCAGCACUGAAGGUGGUUGGUGGUAAAUUGUCAAAUCAUACUUUCUUGUUUCUUGGUGCUGGGGAGGCUGGUACAGGGAUAGCAGAACUCAUAGCACUUGAGAUGUCAAAACAGACAAAUACUCCCAUUGCUGAUUGUCGUAAGAGAAUCUGGCUUGUGGACUCUAAGGGCCUGAUUGUCAAAUCACGUUUUGAAACUCUACAACACUUCAAAAAACCUUGGGCUCAUGAACAUGAAUUUGUUAAGGAUCUAUCAGAGGCCGUGAAGGUCAUCAAGCCAACAGUACUCAUCGGAUCUUCUGGAGUGGGCAGAACUUUCACAAGAGAAGUAGUUGAGACUAUGGCUUCCUUCAAUGAGAAACCUAUAAUCCUAGCUCUAUCUAAUCCAACAUCUCAGUCUGAAUGCACUGCUGAGGAAGCUUACACUUGGAGUAAGGGUCGAGCAAUAUUUGCUAGUGGGAGUCCGUUCAAUCCUGUCGAAUACGAAGGCAAAACUUUCCUGCCUGGGCAGGCAAACAAUGCUUAUAUAUUUCCUGGAUUUGGUCUUGGUUUGAUAAUAUCUGGAGCCAUCCGUGUACAUGAUGACAUGCUCCUUGCAGCUUCGGAAGCUCUGGCUUCACAGGUGAGACAAGAAAACCUUGAGAACGGAUCAAUUUAUCCGCCUUUCAGGAACAUUAGAAAGAUUUCAGCUGAAAUUGCUGCCAAAGUUGCUGCCAAAGCAUAUGAACUUGGUUUGGCUUCUCAUCUUCCUCGCCCCAAAAACUUGGUGAAAUAUGCAGAGAGCUGCAUGUACAGCCCUGUUUAUCGUCAAUACCGAUAAGUUCGACAUUUGGUUUAUCAGUAUGUUGCAUGUUUGAUAGUUUAUGACUCAUGGUGUAAUAGGUGUUCUCAUGCUACAUGGUUAUCAAUUUAACAUAUCAACAUCAUAUAUUCUUUUAUUGCAAUUUGAAAUUGUUAUUUCGGCUGAAUAUGACUGAAAAUAAAGAAAAUUUGGGGUUGGAUA